CAGCAGUCACGUGAUCCAGGGAUUUUCCAACUAAACCAGGAAAUGAGUUAUCUCUCAGCCUAAUUUACAAUUUCCACAGCACGUUGCGCAUGAAAGUCAGUGGUUUUAGUUAAUAACUAGAUUCAUCUUAUUUUAUCAACAACUAGAAGCAAAAAUGGCUACCGAUGAGCUUGCAAAAAAACUGGAGAGACGCUGCAACUUAAAUGAAGGGGCGGAAGAUGGUUCACUUUCUCCACAAAGCACAGUGUUCAACCCAUACACUGAGUUUAAGGAGUUCAGCAGAAAACAAAUUCAGGACUUUCAGAAGACAUUUAACAAAUAUGACACAGGGAAGGAUAAGUUUAUUGACUUUGAAGAGCUAAAACACAUGAUGGAAAAGCUCGGAGUCCCGCAGACUCACCUGUCACUCAAGGCCAUGAUUAGACAGGUCGAUGAGGAUAACGAUGGCAAAAUCAGCUUCAGAGAGUUCCUACUGAUCUUCCGAAAGGCAGCUGCCGGCGAGCUUGCAGAAGACAGCGGGUUGGCAGAGUUGUAUCAUAAUGUUUCAGAAAUUGAUGUUGAUGAGGUCGGAGUGAAAGGAGCGAAAAACUUCUUCACGGCUAAGAUUGAGCAGCAAUCUGCAUCAACCAAGUUUGAGGCUGAGAUUAGGGAAGAACAGGAGGAGCGUAAAAAAGAAGCAGAGGAGAAGAAAGUGCGGAGAGCUGAAUUUAAAAACAAGGCAACCUACUUCAAAGAACAGGCCGAUGCCCAGAAAUCAUAGCUGUGUAGUGCCGUUUAAUCUGUUUAUGAUGUGAGGUGUCAAGAGUCAAAGUGAGGUUAUUUGAUCAAUGUUCUUUUGAGAUUGACUGUGUAAAAGUUCACUACCUUUAUUUCUUACCAUGUGGUUAAAAGAUUCAUUCAUUUUCAUCUAUAUGAGAUUCAACUUGUUACAUUAUAACAUGGAUUGUUUAUCCGUUUUAACCACCUUUUUACAUUUCGAAAUGUACUUUUAAAAAGCGUAUACCUUCGUUACAUUCACCGUUUUAACAUGAUUUAAAUCAUGGACCUAAUAUUGUAGCCCAACUAUUUAUAAACCUUAUAUUGUGUUUAAGUUAUUUAUAUUUUAAGUUCACAAUUUUAACAUUGGUCGAAGAUAUUGUAAGUCACUUUAGUCUGUGUACUUGCCAUCGGUAGCUCUUGUCCGAAAAAUAACAUUAUAAAUACGUUGAAUUGUUUAAACAAAAAUUGUGCCAGUGUGUUAAUGAUCAAAACUAAAAUCUUGUUAGAAUUUUUGUUAUUAUGUAAUAGUUUACUUUGUUCCUGAUUUCAUUUUCUUAAAUUGUUUUGUUGUUUAUACUUCAUGGAAAUAUAUGGAUCUUACAUUUUUGUGUCAUAACAAACUAAUCCCUUUCUCAGGAUACCAUGUAUGUUGUAUAAUCCAGAAAAAAGUUUUUUAGGGUCUGUACAUAAUUGUUUUUACACAUUUUAAGUCAUUUCCUUACUUAAUUGACUGUUUUAAUUCAAUUCUUUAUUGAUAUGAUUUUAUACUUAAUAAUUUCUGAAAUACAUAAUUUUUUUUUAUAUAUUAUUUUUUAUCAACUUAUGAAAAACACAUACUUAAAUGUUAAAAAUCUGACUUAAGAUCGUUUAUGAAUACAGGCCCUGGCUUUCUUUACUUUUAUUAUUGUCAGCACUUAGUAACUCUGUCCUAACAGCUUUUUAAAGAAAUGGUGCAUUACACUGUAACACUCGUUAUGAGGAGAUUUUCCAAUGCUGAUAUGUACAGCCUAAAUUUGUAUUUCACAUCUAUAACUAUCUCUCGUGUACAUUUUAUUGUGACUUGUAAGGGCAAUUCGUUUACAAAUUGUUAAUAGAAAAUGUACUGUUUUUCUUCCUAGAAAUCUCAUACUUAUCAUUCUUAAAUGAAAAGUUGUUUAUAAUUUAUUGCUUGAUUUACUGUCACUGACUUAUCUCACCUUUUAUGAUAUUAAUACCUUUUUCUAAAUAUUUCUUUAUUUUAAACUUUUAUUUUAUUUCUGUUAUUUCUGUAUCCGCCAUCUCCAUUCAUCUACUUCACGUUUUCCUAUCCCAUUUUAAACAAUGGUUCUGACUAGUAAAUGAUGCUGUGUACUUCAUAGCCUUACAUUUCAGUUUGAAUGCCAUUUUACUGUUGUUGAACAUGUAUUAAUUUGUGCAUACAUGUUCAUGUAAAUGUAAGCAGAAAAUGAACAUUAUUUAAGCCAUGCUCAAGAAUUCAGUUGUAUGAAGAAGUCUUGCAUUUAAAGGGGGGAGACUGCUCUUUCAGUGGUAAAUGUUGUAGUAUAAGAAACUUGAAAACUAUGAAUGUAUUCAGUUAUUUUGUUGUUUUAUCGUAAAGGGACUCCCUCAUGGUUUUAAUGUUGGCAACAAGGUUGUUGUUUUUAACUUUGAUGAUAUUGACCUGCUUUAUGUACUUUUAUGGGCCAACACCAAACAGCCACUGACAGAUACAAUGUACUCAUUUGAACAGACUUUUUUUAAUUCCUAGCCUAAACGCUUUCAAUUGAAACAUAUUACUAGUGCUUUUGACCCAUUUAAAAAAAAAUAAUAGAAUUUAAAGCUCAAAUUUAAGCUUAUGAUUAUAUUUUAUCAUUGCUACAACAACGAUACUCACAAAAUUAUUUUGUUUGAUGUUGGACCCUGUAAAAUGUGAACUUGUUCCUUUAAAAGCAUGCUCAAUUUGUCAAGACAGACUCGGAUAACAGUCAAUGAUUGUUUGAAUGAAUUCAGCAUUGGCAUUGGUGCACAGAAGUUUUGUUACUAGAACAGUAUAUGCAUGCUAUAUUGGUGGUUGGAAAGUGCUGAAGUGCUAGUAUUUUUUAUGUGAAGACACUUAAAUUCAGUUUAUUUUUCAUGUAUCGGUACUCAAUGUAUAGGGCCUAACUUUUUAUUGCGCAUUUCAAAAACAACUUCUUGCUCAGAAUUUACAUCUUUUUUAGCAGACCUUUUUUCCAGUUAUUUAGGUGAUAGUUUUCUGAUAAUUUCUAUAAUAUAUUUAUAAAUGUAUCUCUCAUAUCAGAUCUGAAGCAUACAAUUUUAGCAAAAUAUUUUAAAUUGUAUUUAUGUUGUUGUUUUUAGCAAAACUGUUUGUGGUUAUGGUUUUGUCUGUUUCUGGUCGGUAUUUUGGUGCUAAGAAUGAAAUGUCCACAGUAAAUUAAAAAAAAUAUGCAACCAACUCUAUUGGGGGAGAUUUUUGUGAAGUUAAUAUAACUGUACUAUCUUGUUAAGUUGCAAUUCAUUAUUAUAAUUUGGGGUUCUAUUCGAUUUUAUUUAGCUGUUGAAUUUCAUUAAACUGUUAAAUUUCUUUUAGCUGUUAGUUUUCGUUUUGCUGUUAAAUUUAUCAUUUUUCCCCCAUGUAAUGUAUACCUAUGUUAGUUAUGUUUAGAUUCUUAUAUUUUUGUUGUAUUCUUUACUAACUGGUGCUAGUCAAUUGUUAAUAACAAGGUUUGUUUUCACUUGCCAUAAUAAUACAUGGAGAACUAUCUAAAUUCAGUCAUUAUUUUCCUGCUAUGUUUGUUGUAAUUGGACAUGUUGUUAUAUUUUUUUAAAUUUUGCCUACAUUUUUUGUGGUCUGACUUUUUCAUACCCACCCCUCUAAAAAAGUAACCAGGAUUUUUUUUCUCGAAAAAUCUUAAACCUUACAAGCUUAAGUUGAAUUCAUUCUGGUCGAUUACUUUAAUAGUAAUACUUGAUUGAACAAAAUGAAAAAUAUCUCAUUGUGAUCAACAUAAGAUAUUUUCUUUUAAAACCUCAGAACUCCAAAAAGGGAGCUCCAUAAGAAGCAGUUAUAAAGAAUGAGUGCUCCAUUACAAGCACAUAUAGGAUGUAAGGAAACAAAUGCUACACAAAUUAUACCAACAUUUAGCUUGAUCAUUUUAUAAAGGACUUAAGAUUGUAUGAGAAACUAGGCCCGAGACUUCAAUUUCAAUCAUUAAUUGAGGCGGAAAAUAAUAAUGAAUUAUACACAUUGUUAUAUACUCCAAUCCAUUGACUUUAAAACUUUAGACAUCAAACCUCAAACAACCAAUAAGGAGUGGCUGCAGAACAUUUGGUAUUUAGCAGUUUUGUUGUUUUUUUUAAUAAAAGAAGUCAGGGUAUUUUGAUAGCAUUGAUGUUGUUAGCAGUUGCUUCAAAGUGCAAAAACUUUAACCUUGGACAAUACUCAGAAACUGUUUGAAUAUAUUUCAAUGAAACUUAGUACAUUUGUUGCCAGAUACAAUACGCACAUGUUGAGGAUGGCCCAUAAUUCUGGCUUUUAUAAUAAUGAGUUGUGCACCUUGUUAGACUGAAAAACCAGCAACUGGCAAGCAUUAACAUUAAUUUUAUGGUCCUCAGCAUUCUAGGUUUAGUUAUAAGGCCUUAUGUAUAACCUGCUAAAUACAAUUAUAAUUGUAAAAGGCUUCUGUUCUUUGUUAAGAUUAAUAUUGAAUGGACAAAGUGGAGAUCAGCAUCGUUUAGUCAAUCGGUUUUGAUGUAGUAUUGUUAUAUGAUGAAUUUCAUGAUAAUUAUAAUUUUACCUUAAAUCUUUCAUUUCGUGAUUCAGGGUGUGAUCUGGUGUGUAUAUACUUGGUAAAUUACUUGAGAAGAAUCAAAUACACAUGAUAAUACAUUUGUGUAGCAUAUAUAAACUAUAUUGUUGAGUCUUAAAUUUUUUAAAGAGGGUAAUUUUUCUUUAUUGGAAUGCAAUUGUAUAAAAAUGUCAUGUCAUCCACUUCAUUAUCAUUAUGUUAUCCCUAAUAGAUUCUUACCCUGUAUGCUGACAACAUUUGUACAAUAGACUAUAUUAGAAUUCAGUUUAGUACACGGUCUGACCUAUAUUUAUGUUUAAACAUGAAUAUCAAUGAUGCCUGUAUGUUUUAAGUUUAUAACCUUCACACACAAGAGUAGAGCAGCGAGCACUGUAUACACAUAUAUUUUGUCUAAGAUUCAAAUGCACAGUGAUAUCUUGUUACAGCUAUACAUCUGAUGUGGAAAUUACUUUUAAUGUGGCCAUCUUACCAGCAAUCUUAGCGUAUGAUCACUUUUUUUGAAUCAAUAUUUUUGUGGAAUAAUCUUUUUCCAGAGUUAAAGUUUAAUUUAUCAGUUCAAAUAGUUAAUAACUUUUUGCAUUUAAAACAUUCAAUUCAAUUUAAAUGUUCAAAAAACUUUGACAUAAUAUUUAAGUUAAAAUUAUUUUUCUUGAUUUUAUCACACGCAGGUUGUUGAGAUGGCCCCCAAAUUCCAGAUACAGAUAUUUAGUGUUUUUAAUCAUUAGUGUAUUUGCUAGUCCCUUAUAGAAGGCUUUAGCUGUACGUGCUAGUCCCUGUUAGAAAGCUUUAGGUGUGCAUCAAUGUUGCAUCUAAUCAGCAUUACGCAUAUUAAACUGACCCUAGUUGCCUAUUCUCAUCUCAUCAAUGUUGUUGCUGUUAAUUCCUGUUGCCCAGUUUGGCCAUUUAAUAAAUAAGUUUUGUAUCAUUAA